CCAAAAACCUAAACUUUUAUUAUUUUUUUUUUAAAAAAAUUCUUCUUCUUCCUCUUGUUUAUGCAAAUGGAUAAUUCUUCCACAUGUAAUAGUUUUUCUAAUUAUAGUGCAAAAAAUUCUAAUUAUGAUUCCCAAGAAGAAAGUAGUUGGACAUUUUAUUUUCAAGAUUUUAUGUCCAACAAUAAUAAUUCCAAUGAACAAAAUUCAUUGUGUUCUAAUGAAUUACACAUUAAUAAAAAUGGUGGUUUAGAUAUUUAUGAAAAUAGUAACAAUAAUAAUAAUACUAAUAAAUUUGUUUCCAAGAAGAGAAAGAUGAAAGGAGUAGCAAGAGAAGUUGAUGAUGAUCUUGAAGAUACAGCAAGUUCACCUGUCAAUAGCCCCAAGGUGUCUUAUAUGAAUGAGUUGUGCACUAAUAGUCAGAAGGGGAAAAGUUCUGCAAGUAUUUUUGAGGGAAAAGGAAAUAAUAUUUCUGGCCAGCAAAUGAUGACUAGUGGAUUGAAUAAUUCUACAAAGGAAAAUGACUCUACACAAUUGAAGAAAAAAGGAUUAUGCUUAGUACCUAUCUCUAUGUUCACAAAGUGAUGCAUGCAUAAUUAAAUUAAAUUUGGUACUCCUACAUAAAAUGUAUAUAUUUCUCUAUUUUUUUUCGCUUUCAUUUUCGAUGUCAGGUAUCAAUUUAGAAAUUCGAUAAAAUUUAAUUUUAUAUUAAGAAGUCUUAUGUUAAGAGAUAAAAUAUCAUCUAACAAAGACGACUUUAUACUCAUAA